AUGAGGGGGAAGAGAAAAGAGGAUAAAAAAAGGAAACCACGUGCAUGUCCUCGUGACCCGGAAGCAAACUCCUUUGCUCUUUUCCCCGUCCCGUCACUUCCGCCACCCCUCUGUCAGCGGGAGGGAUACAGCUUAUUGGUCCGGCCUGUAGCUUCAGCUGCUGGCUUCGCCGCCGCCAUCACCAUGAUUCAGUUUUUGCUAGGAUUUACACUCGGCAAUGUGGUCGGGAUGUAUCUGGCUCAGAACUAUGACAUUCCGAACUUGGCCAAAAAGCUUGAAGAGAUUAAAAAAGAUAUAGAUGCUAAGAAGAAACCUCCUAGCUCUUAAUGCCAACAUCUCAUAGUGUCUGGAUGCCUUCCUAUUUGAAACAGAAGCUCCUAUUCUCUCCUACAGGACUGGAUGACUGUCUUCACCCUGAGAUACACUGAGAUGCCUUUGAGCUAAAAUAUGCCUGUAACACCAGAACUACCCUGUAUUACUCUUCCUGGACUCCUCUGAGCCCUGUACCUGCGUGGGAGAUUCUGUUACUUGAGUCAUGGUGCUUGACUAGGAAAUGCUAGUUUUGAUUAGUGGUCUGUCCCCUUACCUUUUAAAAUUGUUGAUAUCUAGUAAUUUUUUUAAGUUGCUUUUUAUAUGGCAGUAUACUAAUUCUCUAAUUAUGCCUACCACACUGGAUGCUUUAUAAGCAUUUAGUGUCAAACAGUGUUCUUCCAAAUCAAUUAAAACCAUUAUAUAGCAACUGAUUUCUGGUGACUUCCAUUUAUUUUAUGUUAUAGAACAGCAGUUUUAUAAUUGUUUGUGUAAUAAGUUAAAUAGUGAGUAAGUUGGUUUUUUUUAAAGACCUCUUAGUUCUCCAACAGUAUGUGCUGUGGGGGAAAAAAAGAAAUAGGACAUUAAACUUGCUCUUGAGAUUAGUCUCCUUGGAAUGCAUUUUUCUAUGCUUAAUGUACUUACUUUGUCCCAUACUGCCUCCUAAAUAGGAUCAUUCUCAUUUUAAGGAGAUUUAACGUUCUAUGAUUGUGUAUAAGUGAAAGGUUGUAUAUAAAGAAAAUGAAAAUAUUUGUUACACUUUA